AUGCGGUGGCUAGCCCAGCAGCGACGCCUCGGUGCCACGUCGUGUCGAUGGUUUCACGUACUGAUACCUCGGGUCACCUCGACCACCCCACUUCAAGAAUACAACCAUCAGGUGGAGAGUGGGCGGUUACGUGACGAUCCUUACCAGCGCAAAAUCAUUCUGCUGCUUUCCAAAUUGCAUGAGCUGUUGAACAGUUACCACCCACCGAAGGUACCAACCCCUAGUGCCAAAGACAUGCUGCCCCCGCUGGGUAUCUCCAAGUGGUUCAACUCCUUUUUGGGCAAAAAGACUGGCGAUGAGUUGCCAACAGAGUUUGAGGAAAACCCGGUCAAGGGGAUCUAUCUCUACGGGGACGUCGGUUGUGGGAAAACUAUGUUGAUGGACUUAUUUUACGAGACGGUUCCCGACCACAUCUCCAAAAAAAGAUUGCAUUUCCACCAAUUCAUGCAAUUGACUCAUAAGCGUAGUCACCAACUUAAAAUGCAAUACCACGCAGACUACGAUGUUAUCCCCAUGCUUGCGGCAGAAAUUGCACAAGAAGCUACCGUGCUCUGUUUUGACGAAUUUCAAGUGGUGGAUGUUGCUGAUGCCAUGCUUUUGAGACGUCUUUUUGGUUACUUAUUGACUCCAGAAUACGGAGUGGUGCUCUUUGCGACCUCCAACCGAGCACCCGAUGACUUGUAUCUCAAUGGUAUCCAAAGAGUAAGUUUCAUUCCUUGCAUUCAACAGAUCAAGCAACAAUGUCGAGUGAUUUACCUUAAUAGUCCUACCGACUAUCGGAAAAUUGAACGGCCACUCAGUCAUGUAUACUACUCGCCAGCCCCAGGCGUUCGGUGGAACUCAAAGACCAUUGAGGCGAAGCGGAAACAGCACGUACAAGAUUGGUUCGAUUACUUCAAUCGUGAGAACCCUAACCCUAAAGUUUUGGAAAACUACGAACUCGAAGUAUGGGGCCGAAAGUUGGUGGUGCCGAAGUGUAGUCCGCCAUACGUGGCGCAGUUCACUUUCCAUGAGUUGUGUGGAUCGCCCAAAAGUGCAGGUGAUUACUUGACUCUUGCGAACGCAUUCCAACUGUUUGUGAUCACUGACAUCCCUUACUUGUCUAUCGAGGUGAGAGAGUGGGUUAGAAGAUUCAUUACAUUUUUGGAUGCUGUUUAUGACGCUCAUGGUCGUAUGGCUUGCACUCUGGCGGCUCCGUUCAAGGAUUUGUUUGUGGAGCCGGAAGAUAUUGCUAAGGGAAACUACCAGUUAUAUAAGCAUCUCAGAGAUACGGGUGAGGAAAAAUCUUUUGACGAUGAUGAAUUGGUGACCAAACAUGGCUUUGAUAAGGAGAUUGCCAAGAAGGCUCUGAUGUUCGCCAAUGAUGAAGAAAGAUUUGCCUUUGCGCGGGCCUUGCUGAGAUUAAGUCAAAUGGCCAGUCAAGACUGGGUUGAUAAUCCCAGAAAAAUAUAG